ACUAUUUCCUCAGGAGGCUUCGCAUUUUUGUUUCGCACGAAAUAGAAAAGAAAAUUUCUGAAUAAAAGCCGCUUACAAAACCUGAUGUCCAGCUUUUCGCCAAACCAACUGCGUCAGUGCGCUCGCUUCACGGGCACACCAUGCACGCCGGACAAGGAGCAGCAACUGCGGGAGCAGAUCCACAGCGAACUGGCCAAGAUCAAAUACUGCGCGAAUCCCACCUACCAGUGCAGUCUGAUGAGGAUCGAGGGUCACGACUACUGCAUCCGGCACAUCUUACGCGAUCCACGUGCCAAUUACCGACAGUGCUCUCAUGUGUAUUCGAACGGGCGGAAGUGCAUCAACGCGGUGCCCAAGUACGACAAUAAGAAAGAACAGAUCCUGACUACCUUGUGCUUCGAACACAACCGUCAGACACAGCUACAGAAGACCCACCUUAAUGUGGGUCGCAUCCGCAGUCGCGUGGAGACCAACGAGACCCUGCUUAACAGCCUCUCAUCCCAUAUCAAUGUGGAGGACAUUAAGCCAGAGCCACCAAAAACAGAACGCGAUGAUGAUGAAAUAGAUGUGGUGUCGCCGCACGUAACUCCUUUUGUCACCCAAGAUCACCGUAAUACUAUUGGACACGUCGUGGACAGCUCUCGCAAGCGACGCCGUAUUUUGGAUUAUGCUUCUGAUAGUUCCAGUAACGAUGAGGAUCCGCCUUGUCUCAGGAAUACCGCUGCGGAUAUAGAGUUCUUUGAGUCAGACUAUGAAAGCAUUGAUUCAGAAGAUGAUGAUCCCCUUAAACAUGCUGGCGUCUACACACGUGCAGAGGCUGUUAAAAUUGCCGAGAAUAAGCUAAUCAAACUGCAAGGCCUUUAUCGCGAGCAGAUCAGUAAUCUGCAACAUGUUCUGAAGCAGCGACGUCGCAAAUAUUUGCAUGACAUUCGCCGAGAGCGAGAGCUGUAUUGCAGCAUCCACGAUCAGUUAAAGGACACGCCCCACGAGCGAAAGCUUUACGAACAGCUAAAGGCACUGAACACUUACCAUCGUCGCCAGGGCGUGGAAGCAGUGCUGUACAAGAAACUGAAGGAAAAGCGCGCAAGGGAUACAUUAUACGCAUCGAAGUCGUCCAGCAACCCAAAGUGCGUGUUCACCGAGGGCGGAGUCAAGUGCGGAGAGCGUACACUGCCGUGCUGCAAGCACUGCCGCAAGCAUAUUCUGGAGGAUAAGCGCCAGGUGCUGUUCCGGGCCUGUGGCGUGGAACGGAGUGGGGUGGUCUGCCAGGAACCGGUGGCCAGCAUUCUUGAAGACUCCAGUUGCGUACUGCAUCUGGCCGUAGCGCCGGCUAAGCGCCAGUAUAUACAAAAGUUUUAUGAACUUCCAAGCACUCCGGCGCAAGAAAGUAUUUUCGCUGCCGGCCGUGGUGUCAGUAAUUGUAUCGGAGAAGAUCCACGAAAUGAUUUGCGUUCGGAAAGCGAUGGUCUUUUGGAUUUAACAAAUGGUGUAUGCGAGUUUGACCUCGAUACAGCUGAUGAUUUGGCAAACUUCCUUGACGAUGAGUGCGCCAUGUUUCUAGACAUCGACAGUGACCUGGGCCUUUCCAUUGACGAUUGCAGUGUAGACUUAGGCCUCGAGCAAGAUGGCGAAGAAGUGUCCAACGAUUCCGUGGACGCUCCUGAAACUCAAGCUCCAGACCGUCUCAUCUCAGAUCUAGACGAAUUAUCUAUGCAAGACAGUAGCGAACUUAACUUUGAAAUGAACGAUGCCGAUGGCAAUGUUAGCGAAGUGUUGAAAAUGCUCGAGGGCAUCGAGGCAAUGCCCUGGUUUGAUGCCCUGAUGAACUAGAUCGAUAUUAUAGUAAAUAAAUGCGAAUCGGAAACCGAAGAAGAAGAAACUCAGUCGACAAGCGUGAGUACCAUUAUAAAAAAGGAAAAAGAGGACCCUUCCGAUAAUUUGUAUAAGAGCCAAGUUCUUAA